CACCUGAACGCAGCAGUAGCCCUCCCGUGUCACGUGACAGAGAUGAGGCUGUGACGAACCACCCGCAGCCAUUAGCACUGGUUAGCACGUUUGUUGACUGUUUCCCUGUGUCUCCUCGAAGAAAACAACACAAAGAGCGAGGCGAAAAUGGACAACAGUGGGAAAGAGAAGGAGGCGAUGGCUUUAAUGGCGGAGGCGGAGAAGAAAAUGAAGUCGUCGCAGUCGUUUUUCGGAGCGAUGUUCGGGGGUUCCUCCAAGCUUGAAGAGGCCUGUGACAUGUAUGUGAGGGCAGCCAACAUGUACAAAAUGGCCAAAAAUUGGUGUGCUGCAGGAAAUGCGUUCUCCCAAGCUGCUCGUCUUCACCUGCAGAUGCAGAGCAAACACGACGCAGCGACCAACUUCAUUGACGCUGGAAAUGCCUUCAAAAAAGCAGAUCCGCAAGAGGCCAUAAACUGCCUAAAUCGAGCUAUUGAGAUAUACACAGAUAUGGGCCGCUUUACCAUCGCAGCCAAACAUCACAUCUCCAUUGCUGAAAUUUAUGAGACAGAGCUGGUGGACAUUGACAAGGCGAUUGCUCAUUAUGAACAGGCAGCAGAUUAUUACAAAGGGGAAGAAUCCACCAGUUCAGCAAACAAGUGCCUUCUAAAGGUAGCAACCUACGCAGCUCAGCUGGAGCAGUACCCAAAAGCUAUUGAGAUCUAUGAACAGGUUGGAACCCACGCAAUGGACAGUACGCUCUUGAAAUAUAGUGCCAAGGAUCACUUCUUCAAGGCAGCGCUCUGUCACUUCUGUGUAGACAUGCUGAAUGCAAAACUUGCUGUGCAGAAGUAUGAAGAAAUGUUUCCAGCCUUUUCAGACUCCAGAGAAUACAAACUGUUGAAAAAACUUCUAGAUGCCUAUGAAGAACAGAAUGUGGAUGCCUAUACUGAUUCGGUGAAGGAAUACGACACCAUUUCACGGUUGGACCAGUGGCUCACCACCAUGCUUCUCCGCAUAAAGAAAACCAUACAGGAUGACGAGAGCGACCUUCGCUGACUUCCCACCGUGCUUCUCUUCGAGUUCUUUACAACCAACUUGCAUCCUUCGUUUUGCCUUGAGCCUGUCACUUCCAUUCUAGCAGCAUAUCUUUAAAAAAUCUUGACCAUUAGACCUUAUAUUUCUUCACAAAUACUGUUUUCCUUCCUACCAUCUGCAGUAUUCUUUCUUGCCUUUUUAAACUGCUCAACUCGAUGCUCCAAAAUGUUUGGUCUUUCUAGUUAUGAACACUAUUUUCCUGAGUGCACACAGCACAUAGUAUGUUAGUUGUUUAUCGUUAUGAUACAUGUAUUGGCCCAGUUUUAUUUAAAAAGUUUCAUAAUUGGGCUGCAAUACCAAAUACUCAUACCAGCACAUUUACAUAAUAAGAGUUUUUGUUUUGUUUUCAUAAUUAAAAAGAUGGACAAGAGGAUGCCAACUUAUUAACACUUGCGAGAUAUAUUUUCCAGAAUGUGCUUUAGAAUCAAAGGAAACUGACCAAAAUGCCAGUAUGGAUGGAAGCGGUCACAUUGGUUUUUGGUACUUUUGAGUGCUCAAGUGAAAAGUAGGUCAUAUCAGGGCAUCUCUAAUUGAAACUGCACUUCAUCUCAGCUGCAGGGCACCUCUCCCAGCAGAGAGGCCAGAAGCUCCUGAAGUAAUUCCAUCGCAAAUACCCCCUCUGCCUUAUACCGCAAAGUUCUCAGGACGCGAACAGCUACAUUUGAUGAAAAAUUAAUAAUAUUAAUAAUAAUGCUUUUAUUAAGUGUUAUCGAUUAAUUGUUUUUGUCACUUCCAUUUAAAGUACUUUUAUUCAACAAAAGAAGAUGAAAAUAAACCUUUGUAAACAUUUGCAUGGUUUGGUCUUAAUGAGAAAACUAAAGACCUUUUACCACUGUAUGGGAGAUAUUUCAAGUUUUUUUUGUAAUUGUCUGAUUAGUGUUUGUUUUCUGUCUUAACUAACCAGGCUGUAAAAAUAUUUUUUAAAAGCCUGCACCGAGAUGCAAUACAGUAAAGAAAAAAGGAGCUUUACUGAUCUGAAAACUGUGUUCAUGUAUCCUUGUGAUGAUUAUUUCAAUAGACAGUUUGGUCUUAAAUAAUUUGUCAGUGACUUUCCUGUCAAUACAAUUUAAUAAACCUGUCUCAGUACAGCAUCCUACUGGGCGUGUGUAAA